AUGAAUCCCCGUGCUAAGUUCAUCUACGAGCUCAGUGCCUACUUUCUGCUGGGAACGACCAAUGCCGCUCUCUUCGACCAAACCAUCAGCAUCUCUCAAGGCACGGUUCAAGGUUACGCCGCCUUCAAUGCCACCUCCGCCCCCUCCUACAUCAACAAUUGGAAGGACAUCUCUGUCUGGAAGGGAAUCCCCUACGCCGCCACCACCGGCGGAGAGAACCGCUGGAAACCUCCCCAGACGGCCCCCUCGUGGAACGGAACCUUCGAGGCUACCUCCUUCGGAGAUAGUUGUCCCAGCACGAACACAGGGUCGGGCAUCAGCGAGGACUGCUUGAGCAUCAACAUCUGGAGCCCCGCCACUUCGACCGAUGCUAAGCUCCCCGUUAUGUUCUGGUCGUAUGCCGCCGGCGGCACGUCCGAACAGACGACCUACGAUGGUGCGGGUAUGGCGGGCAAGGAGGUGAUCUUUGUAAGCUACAACUACCGCACCGGACCCCUGGGCUGGCUCACACUGCCGGAGCUGGCCGACGAGACUGGCUACACGGGCAACUACGGUCUCCUGGACCAGAUCGCAGCGCUGAAGUGGGUUCACGAGAACAUCGCGGCGUUCGGCGGAGACCCCGAGGCAAUCACAGUCGCGGGCCAGUCCUUUGGCUCCGGCGCCUCGUACCACAUCGUCAACAGCCCGUUGACCAAGGGCCUCAUCAAAGGUGCCAUCGCCGAGAGUGGGCUGAAGGAUCCCUACGACCCCGACAUGUGGGGUUACGGGAGCGAUUACCGCAACAUGACUUGGGCGCUGGACUUCAGCGCGUCUUUUGUCGAGUCCCUAAACGCCACUAGCAUCGAGGAGCUGCGCGCAAUGGAUCUGGCCACCAUCCUGACCGGUACGGGUGCCUCAGACUUCGUCGGCUUUGACCCCGUCCUCAACCAUCACGCCAUCCCGAACAAGUACAUCAGGAGUCUGGAAGACGGUGCGGUCAACGACGUGCCCAUCCUGGUCGGAAAUAAUGCUGACGAGGACGGCAUUGACCUUUCGACCACCUACACAGUGAGCCAGUACGAGGCCGCCAUCAAUGAGACCUACGGCCCCUACGCUGCUGAGCUGCUGGCCCUGCACCCCGCCAGCAACACCACGGAGGCCACCAACUCCUACAACGCCAUCAUCCGUUCGGGUUACUGCACCUCCACCUGGUCGUGGGCCAACCGCUGGAGCCAAAGCUCCUCCCAGCCCGUCUACUACUACCUCUGGACCUACUCCCCCCCUGGUUCCGACGGCGCCACCCACGGGUCCGAGGUCGUCUAUGCGUUGGGCAACCUGUAUGCCCAGUCCCAGGACUACACCGACGCGGAUCUUGCCAUCGCCGACAUCAUGUCGUCCUACUGGGCCAACUUCGUCAAGACCCAGAACCCGAAUCAGGGAGGCUCCUACAAGAAUGGCACGCUGCCCACCUGGGGCGCCAAUGUCCCCGCCAGGAACGUCACCUUUGAGCUGGGCCGCCUCUGGCGCGACGUGGGCUUUGCCUCGGUGACAGCCCAGGAGACCUUCUUGGAGUACUUCCAGUACGCCCAGCCCAACCCUUACUAG